UUCUAAAACUAUCUGUCUCCUAAUUAACUUCACCACCCACUUUGAUUUUCAGUUCUCCAGCUCUCACUAGAGGGGAAAUCAUCAAUGGCAAGAUAUAAGAUGUGGAGUUUUAAAGUAGCUGUGGCAGUGCUUGGGCUGCUGGCCAUGGCAGAGUAGUCCAUGCAGCUGACUGUGAGACACCCUCUUCAUGGUGUCAUCAGGAAAAUCAAUGAGGAAGGGCCUUACUUGGGCCUAGUUUUGGUUUCUGACACCAAUGAACAGGCUCUUCAAGCCUCUAAUGUCUUUGUUCCCAGCAACUACGCCGCUACUGUUGCAUUGGCCGGAAGAACAUUCCACGUUGGCAAGAUCAACGGAACUAAUGUUGUGUAUGUAAAGACUGGGGAUGCAUCGGUAAAUGCAGCUGCCACUGUGCAACUCCUCAUCGACGUAUUUCCUAUUGAAGGCAUCGUUCACUUUGGGAGCGCUGGAGCUGUUAAUGAUACGCUCUUCAUCGGCGAUGUUGUUGUGCCUAGCCAAGUUGCCUUCACUGGAUCUUGGCAAUGGAAGAAAUUCAAGUCAAAGAAAGGGCAGCUGAGAUUCGGAGACUACAAUAACCCAGCAGGAGGAAACAAUUUGCUGGGGAGCAUAGACUUCCAACCAACCUCGUUGUACACCCCAGAACAAAAGCAGACCAUCUUCUGGCUUCCCAUCAACUCAAGCUGGUUCGUAACAGCCACUCAACUUCAGAACGUAGAGAUGCAACAAUGUCUUGACACGGACAGAUCUCCCAGAUCACCAGAAAUUGUCUAUGGAGUGAGGACCUCCACUGCUGAUAUGUACAUUCAAAAUGCAGCUUAUAGAGAUUACAUUUACACAAAAUUCAAGGCCUCCACAGUGGAUGAAGAGUCUGCUGCUGUUGCAUUGGUAGCUUUGUCAAAUGAGGUGCCAUUCAUCGUUUUCAGGGGUGUCUCCAACACCGCUGGUGGAUCAACCGCAUACCAAAGCUAUAGCUAUUUGGGCUCUGUCAAUGCUCUGAAUGCCGCUGUGGCAUUCAUUGGUGUUGUUGGCAGUAGUGGAGCGUCGAGGGCCAACUACUGAGUGCCGCAAUCAUCGUAACGGUGUGUCGUUUGAAGGAUUUGAUUAAUAAGGUUGGCUAUUGGUGUUGAGUAAUUGAAAGAUCCAUGUUUUGUAGU